GUAAAAACAAAUGCAGAGUUUGGUUUACAUAACAACAUUUUAUUUUUUCUGUCGUGUGUGCAGUUUGGUUUUUGAACUUUUCGAUCCUUUGACUUGGGCUAAGGUGCUUAAAGUGGAUUAAAAAGGGAAUUACAGCUGUAGCAGUUGAUGGUGUUGUUUUAUCUUACUUAUUUGUUAGUAACAAAUAGCUUAAUGCUUAGAGUAAUUGGACAAAAUAUGAUUAAAAGUUAAUCCUUUAAUAGCUUAGUUACUCAAAACAAUAAAUACCAAACACCAAAGUCUGUGCUGGUGGUUAUUAUGUGGAGCAGGUGGGGCUGAGAUGUCUUGCUAAAGGGCACGUCAGCGGUGUUGACUCCAUAUUUGACCUGAGGAUCAGUCUGUCGAUGGAUGGAUGGAUGGUUAGUUAAUUCAAGUGGAACUAACAAGCUGUCUUCAUGUUGGACAGAUGCUGUUUAAUCUAGAGAACCCCCACAGGAGUUUUCCUUUAACUGCCCAGAAGUAGAAACACUGGAUUAAGAACAUUGAUACAAAACAGCUAUUCUGAAAGUUCUGGUACUACAACAAAUGAGCCUGAGACACGAGAGAACGAGUCCUUGUGUUUGUUCUUCUGGAUAAUGCAAACGUGAACUGAAGAACAGAGUUGUUGUGGUCCAACUUUAAAGUGUGUGUGUGACUAAUUACAGAUUUCACACUGCUGACACCACCAAAAUAUGUUUUUGUGAAGAUGGCCAUGACCUCCACGCUUGUAAUUGGUGUUUCUCCGAUAAAUAAUGCAGCAGAGCGUUUUCAUACAAUGCUUGGCACCGUAACAGAUGAAUACCCGACGUCCUGCACUGAAGAAAAUAUUAAAACCUGUUAAUAUGUGUCCCUUAAUCACUCAGUUGUUCCACUUUUGCCUUACCUUACUUAUUUUAGAAUUUUUCAGUGUGGCAUUGGGGAAUCUCACCACUCCAUCUCUCCAUCCCCAUGUUUAUAUUUAUCUUAAAUAGGGACUACCUUUAUAUAUAUAUAGAAACCUAAGACUUUAAUAAUAUUUAAUACAAAUGCCCUAAAUUUGAACAAAACGAUUUAGUGCCUCGCCGUUGCCUUUAGCUUGUGCAGUGUAUGUUACGUCAGAAAACACAAGGAAAAAUUUAUAUUCUGUGGAUCUUUGUAGAGCUUUAAAAAGAACCACUUGCUCUCCACUGGGCUUUUGAAAGCAUCACUAUCACGAUCACAAGGGAGUGACGCAACUGCUGCGGCAAAGGCUACGGUGCUUGUGCUGGUGUGAUAGAGGAGUAGGGAAGAGGAGGUGGAAUCUGUUUCCUCUGUUGCAGGAAAUAUUUCAGCCAGCUCAAUAUAAUGUCACCUGGUGCUUGUGAGACCCCUCAGAGAACUACAUCCUGGACCUGUAUUAUUAAUUAAGUGUGUUUGAUCAGACUCAAGCUCCCAACUCCUUCUCUACAUAAAUGAUGCCUGUGAACAAGAGGAGAAAAAAAACCUUUUCCCCAAGGAACCGUCUCCCCACGGUGAAACAUGGAGGUGGAAGUACAAUGCUCUAGGGAUGAUCUGUGCAUCCCAACUGGGAAUCUCAUGAAAGUAUAAGAACGACGGGGAAACAAGAAUAUAAGAAAAUUCUAAAAUAAAACCUCAAGCAGCCGGCAGUAAAACUGUGUCAUUGGUUGUUGUUUUGUCUUCAAAACAUCAACAACAACUCAAAGCGUAAUUUCAGAGAGGUAAAGAACUACCUCCUAACGGUUAAAGUAAGUAGAAGUUAUUGGCCUGCACAGAGCCCUUAACUGAAUAACUAAGGAAAUCCGUGAAGUGAUUCACCGAAGAAGAAUGGACUGUGAAGAAUGAGCAGAUAAGAAAUGGAUGGAGCCUAUUCCACUGCAGGCUGUAGAGUGAAGUACAAUGGAGCACUGAGUCGUACGUGUAGCAGUACAUGUGACAGAGAAGAGAAAACAAUUUGCAUUGCGGUGGGUAAAUACAUCUCCAUAAUCCAUGAACACAAACAUGUAAGGAUGCAUCAAAGUAACUGUUAAGAGUUCAGAGGGCUCCCCGCAGCUUUCAGACUUGAUUUGCAUUUAACAGAACGUGAGUGCUGCUUGUUUUCUCCUCUGAUAAAAUAAUUAUGAUCAUAAACACGCAGCAAGAUGGAAAUAGAUAAAAAAGACUCUGGCUGCGUUCCCAAAAGAGUGCUUCCUAUUCAUCGCAACAUCCGGCCAUCUGACAAAAGCCUUUCAAUAGUCUCCACACAAACACACAUGUACAAGCACACACAUGUAAGAACACACUCUCUACCAAGACCCCGCUCCCCUUUCCACCAGAUUUUCAUAACAAUGGCCAGUAGCUGGGACGGUGCACAAAUUACAGGAAACUGACACGUGUACAUACAAAAGUGUACAAAACAACAUGUCAUUGUCUCGACUGGACCGUGUAGAAACUCCACUGGUUUCAAUCUAUUGGAGAAUGUUUAUUAUACGGUGUUUCCCUAUAAGUAGGUUAUACACACAGCUGUGCAGUAGGGACUGGAGGGUGGUGUACAUUUACCUGGCGUUUCUAAAACAGGCCAAGUCUGGGACUGGUCCCAACACUUGGACAGGUUUAAUACAAUAAUUUUUUUCAAUGAGAAAAUUGUCCCUCAUGAUUAAUUAUUCAGUUACUUAACUGGGGCUUUUCUGCCUGGCUGAAAUAUGUUUGAGGGCAAUGUGGAUUAUUUUUAGCACAAGGAGAUGUGUAUUAAAUAUUGUAGUGUUUUGCACAAGUCUGUGAUAAAUAUUUCAAUUUGUCCGUCUUAUCUUUUAUCAAUCUGUCAGAGUUAACGGCCGCUGUGUUGUGUUCUGGCCACCACCAGGUAAACUGUGAUGUAAAAAAAAACACUCUUGUCUCUCCACUCCAUUCUUCUGUAACAGUGUAAGUUCACAGUGAAGGCUGUUUCCAGAUCAGAUCCUUAAACAGAAGUGGGAGUGGUUUCCAAUGAAUGGAAGAGACAGGAUUAGCAUAUUAAUAGUUUUUGGCUCCUCCUGCUCCUGCAGCAGCCUUUUCCCAAGUUCCCUUGUUCGCCACUUCACUUUCUGUCAGUUGUGCUCCUCUGUUCUCCUUUUCCUCUUAUUCAUCCUGAAACUACCACUGCAUGUCUCACUCCCGGUCUCUCUGUCUGUCUCUGUAGCACUGCUACUGUUUCCUCUGGUAUUCCUGGCUUCCUUUUUGCUCUUGCUUUCUUUUCUGAGAUAAGAUUAUUUUUGAGCAGGUUUUCUAUUCCUCUUUAUUUACAACCCAUAACUUCUUAACAUCUAUCAGUAAUCCCCGCUAUUUCAGUCAGAUUGAACUUCUUGAACUUGCCGAAGGAGCCGUGUCUUCUCACCAUCACCAAGGAACUGCAAAACCUUCUCCUCAGCAACUGUUGCUUCAGGAUUCUCCAGCAACUGUGUAACUACGGCGUUGAGGCAUUGCACAGAAAUCAGGCCAAAAACAAACAGAGUUGUCAGCAGAGAGGGGCCACUGAGGUGGAAUUCAGAAGUGGACAAAAAGAGAGGACUUUGUGGAUGAGGCCCGUGUUUACAUCGUUGGAGAUUUUUAUUGUCUUGUGGAGCUGUGCAUGACAUGAAAGUGAUUAAACAUGUCUGACAUCAAACCCUCUGAUGGACCAAAUCUCUUUGGACUGUUCUGUUUGAUGUGAUUUUCGUCACAUCUUCCCAGUUUUAAUCAUAUAUUAACACAGCAAAGAUAUUUUCUCGUUUUGAGCCACGGACGGAUGAUUCACAAAAACUGGAGACAAGGAUUUUUUUGCUGCCUUUUUGAUCAUCUGAGUUUGUUGGUGAACUUUUACUUCUGUGAUAUAUCUGCACACCUGGAGUGAGUGAUGCGUGGUUGUGAAGCUGCAAGCUAUCUGUCUGUCCUCAACAAAGACAGGCACAGAGAGACGUGUAUUUCUAUCACCACGAGUGGCUGUAGCCCCUUCCCAAUGUGCUGGGACAGAGAAUAUGACAGACACCUAGCAGCUGCAGUGUCAGCAAAGAAAACCAUGGCGACGGCCUACCUGGACCCGAAUCUGAAUCACACGCUCCUUGGCGGUGCUAAAUCCCGGCUUAGUGCAGGAGUGUCGGACCGGACCAUAGCAGGAUCUGUGGACAGGGUUCUCAAAGUCUUCCAUCACUUUGAACCAAACACUGAGACCAGUUGCUGGUCUUCAAAUAUCAGAUAUGGAGAUGCAACUGAUGUCAGGGGAAUCAUCCAGAAAAUUUUGGACAUCCACAAAGUGCGCUUUACGUCCUGUUUUGGCCUGCGUCUGAGCAGCAGUCAAUCCAGAGAGCAGGUCCACUGGCUCCACCCUGAUCUAGGUGUGUCGCACGUCAGAGAGAAAUAUGAACAGGCACGGCCAAGUGAGGAGUGGAGGUAUGAAUUAAGGAUUCGUUACCUUCCAAAAGGCUUCCUGCAGCAGUUUACAGAAGACAAACCUACACUCAACUACUUCUACCAUCAGGUAAAGAACGACUACAUGACAGAGAUCGGGGAUCGAGUAGAACAAGAUGUAGCUCUGAAACUGGGCUGUUUAGAAAUCAGGAGGUUCUUCAAAGAUAUGAGAGGAAACGCCUUGGAUAAGAAAUCCAACUACGAACUACUGGAAAAAGAUGUUGGUUUGAGGCGUUUUUUCCCCAAGGACCUGUUGGAUUCUGUCAAGGCUAAAACUCUCCGUAAGUUGAUCCAGCAGACGUUUAAGCAGGUAGCCAAUCUGAACGACGAGGAGUGCAUCCUGAAGUUCUUGGAGAUCCUGGCACCAGUCUACCGCUACGACAAGGAGUGCUUCAAAUGUGCCCUUGGGUCCAGUUGGGUGAUUCAGGUGGAGCUGGCCAUCGGGCCAGAGGAUGGGAUCAGCUACCUCACCGACAAGGGGUCCACGCCCACACAUUUAGCCAACUUCAACCAGGUCCAGUCCAUUCAGUACUCCUGUAUGGAGGAGAAGGAGAGGAAAGGCAUGUUGCAGCUCAACGUAGCUGGAGCUCCUGAGCCGCUCACAGUUACAACUGUGUCUCUCAACACCGCGGAAAACAUGGCCGACUUGAUCGAUGGUUAUUGUCGUCUCGCUUCUAUGCAAACUCACUCCUUUAUUGUUCGAGUUCAGAAAGAGGGAGAGAGAGCGCUUCCAUCCAUCCCUAAACUUUCUAACAAUGAGAAAAAGUUGGAAGCAGUCAGGAGUGGAGUGAGGGCAAUCUCCGUCUCAGACUCGGUGACAUCCACACCUCCUAAACCAACCAAGGCACGGCGUUUCCUCCUCCCCUUUGUCUUCUGUUCAGAUUCGCCACCCAACGAAGAUCUUAGCGGGGAUGAAACAGACGACUAUGCCGAGAUAGUGGAUGAAGAGGACACGUACACCAUGCCUUCCACCCGGGACUAUGAGAUCCAGAGGGACAGGAUAGAGUUGGGUCGCUGCAUCGGCGAGGGUCAGUUUGGAGAUGUGCACCAAGGAGUUUACAACAGCCCGGACAAACCAGGGCUGCCUGUCGCCAUUAAAACCUGUAAGAACUGCACUUCAGACAGUGUCAGAGAAAAGUUCCUCCAGGAAGCACUGACGAUGCGUCAGUUCGACCACCCUCACAUUGUUAAGCUUAUCGGCGUGAUUACAGAGAACCCGGUGUGGAUCAUCAUGGAGCUCUGUACGCUCGGAGAGCUGCGUUCAUUCCUUCAGGUGAGGAAGUACAGCCUGGACCUGGCCUCCCUCAUUCUGUUUGCCUAUCAGCUCAGUACAGCGCUGGCCUAUCUGGAGAGCAAACGCUUCGUACACAGAGACAUUGCAGCCCGUAAUGUCCUGGUCUCGUCAGUGGACUGUGUGAUGCUGGGGGACUUUGGUCUGUCACGAUACAUGGAGGACAGUUCCUACUACAAAGCAUCCAAAGGCAAACUUCCCAUUAAAUGGAUGGCACCCGAAUCCAUCAACUUCAGAAGGUUCACAUCAGCCAGUGACGUCUGGAUGUUUGGCGUCUGCAUGUGGGAGAUCUUGAUGUACGGCAUCAAGCCCUUCCAGGGAGUGAAGAACAACGACGUGAUUGGUCGGAUAGAGAAUGGCGAGCGUCUGGCCAUGCCUCCUCAGUGUCCGCCCACCCUCUACAGUUUGAUGACAAAGUGCUGGUCAUAUGAUCCGAGCAAGAGGCCGAGGUUUACCGAACUGAAGACACAGCUCAGCACCAUUUUGGAGGAGGAGAAACUCCAGCAGGAGGAGAGACUAAGAAUGGAAAUGAGAAGACAAAUCACAGUUUCAUGGGAUUCAGGAGGUCCAGAUGAAGCACCGCCUAAACCCAGUAGACCAGGUUACCCCAGUCCUCGCUCCAGUGAAGGCUUCUUCUCCAGUCCGCAGCACAACCACUUCCAGUCCUCAGCCCACGGUGGCGUUGGAGGCAGUUUCCCUCCUGGAGAGUCCUGGAAUCAGCACAGACCUGAACACACUGCUCUGUGGAGCCCUAACAUGGAGGAGAGUGGAUGUGUAGGCCAGGUACUGAUGGAGGAGAGGCUGAUGAUGCAGCAGCAGCAGAUGGAGGACGACCAGCGGUGGCUGGAGCAGGAGGAGAGCUUCAUGAAAGCAGAGCCCAGAAACAGCAGAGGAAGCAUUGACAGAGAAGAUGGGAUCCUGCAAACUCCGGGUGGAAGCCAACACAUCUAUCAGCCGGUCGGGAAACCAGAAAAUGUAGCUCCUCCUAAAAAGCCGCCACGACCUGGAGCCGCUGGUCACCUGAGCCACCUGACCAGUCUCUGUCCUGUGGACAGCUACAACGAGGGUGUGAAGCUACAACCUCAGGAGAUCAGCCCACCUCCCACUGCCAACCUGGAUCGUUCAAAUGACAAAGUGUAUGAGAAUGUGACAGGAUUGGUUAAAGCUGUGAUUGAGAUGUCCAAUAGGAUUCAGCCUGCAGCACCAGAGGAGUACGUGCCCAUGGUCAAGGAGGUUGGUCUGGCCCUGAGGACUCUGCUGGCAACAGUAGAUGAGACGAUCCCCGUGCUGCCAGCCAGCACACACAGAGAGAUUGAAAUGGCACAGAAAUUGUUGAACUCUGAUCUGGCAGAGUUAAUUUCAAAGAUGAAGUUGGCCCAGCAGUACGUCAUGACCAGUUUGCAAAAGGACUAUAAGAAACAGAUGCUAAUGGCGGCUCACGCCCUGGCAGUGGACGCCAAGAACCUGCUGGAUGUCAUUGACCAAUCACGGCUGAAGAUGAUCACCCAGCCCCGCCCACAUUAGCCCAGCAGCCAUUGAAGCACAGGUGCAUGCAGCGGCCUGGAUAUUUCCCGUUUAUGUUGAUAAAAGCACAUUGGAAGAGAGCAUGAGUGAUGAUAGGAUGAAAUCUGCUGAUGGACGACCAACGUGACUGACAGAAACAAUCAGCGCUUCUCUACUCCUUCAGAACUUCUUUUUCUCUCCAGAGUCAUCACUAAGUCGGUUUUGUGUUCAUGUGAUCUUUUGUUGCAUUUUUGUUUGUUUUUGUAUUCAGAGGGGAAAAAAACGUAUUUCUUUCUCACAUGGUAUAUUCUGAAAACCCUCAACUUCAACUUUUUAGUAAAGUGAACAGAUAUAUCAGAGUUUAUCGGCGUUGGCAGGACUUCACUAAUGUUGUGAAGAAAGGACACGACGAUGAAAGACUCUGCUCCAGGCAGGAUGUUACAACUGGAACUGAAGAGCCAGAAAAAAAGAGGAAAAUGAAGUUGAUGUCCAAAUGUCUGAACAUGUUUUUAUAUCAGUAUUAAUUCUGACUGUUUUCAGCCUCAACUCUUCCUUUUCAGUCUUCCUUUGUACAGAAUCAGCAAAUGGUGACUGACAGUGAAGCUGCUCAUGCAGUACAUGACUUUUUUGUCCUCCUACAUAUAUAUCUCUCUAUCUCAGGCAUCAAAACACGGUAAAAAGGUAAUAUGUCAGCUGAACCUGACAUAAAACAAACAUAAAUAUCUUCUUAUGAACAUUAUGAAAAACCGCCACAGGACACUUUCUAAGUUAACUACAUAGUUAAUAUACAAAGAAGCUUUAUUUUUUAACACAUUUCUGAGACACCAGUUCGACUGAAUAAAGGAGGUGGAUAAACAUUGGAUGGAGGGGUGAAGGAGGUGGUGGGAGGGUCACUCUUAAGCUAUCAUGGAGAUGCUAAUCUAAAUAUUGAAACUGCAUGAUUUCAGUGAAAAUAAAAAAGUCAAAAUGC